AUGGCUGUUCAUACCGUCUACAUCGUGUUCGUUGUCUCAUUCGGGUGGUUCUUCUUCCUGGCCUUCUGCCUACUAGCAAUGUGGUACUUGUUGAGUAGGAGGAAGGAGAAGAAGAUGCAGGAGGCUGAAGUCAUACGCCGCGACGAGCAUGUGAGGGUGAAGGAUGAUAUUAUGAAGGGGCCUAUGGGAGCAGAGACCAUAGCUCUAUCCAUUGAAAAAGACGAGAGUAUUGAGGAAGAUUUCAUCAAGAAGGAGAAGGAAUUGAAAGGCAAACAUAUGCAUUAUGCUGAUAUUGAGAAAGGAGCUUCUUCUGCUUCCAACUGA